UUACACACACAGGCUAUGCUUUCCUUGUCAGGGUGUCAGAGCCUUGCUGGAUCUUGACAGGUCAGGGACAGUAACAAAGACAGCAGGAGGCUCCUCCUAGAGUCUGUCUCUAAUACAUUAUAAUCAUCAUCAGCUGGUACUGGGGCUCACAGUGCUGUUCUAUACAUAUAUCUGUCCUGCACAGUCAGAGGCUAUCUGCACACAAUGGCCGAGCAGCAGACCCCAGGACAGGUGGAAUCAGAUCGGUUAGACCCAAUGGAGGAUGCCGAAUUGGCUUUGGUGGGGAUCAAUAUGCUUUUAAAUAAUGGAUUUAAGGAAUCUGACCAGCUGUUCAGGAAAUACAGGAAUCACAGUCCUUUGAUGAGUUUUGGAGCUAGUUUUGUCAGUUUUUUGAACGCCAUGAUGACAUUUGAAGAAGAAAAAAUGCAAGUUGCGUGUGAUGAUUUGAAAAUGACUGAAAAAUUGUGUGAAAGUGACGAAGGUGUCAUAGAAACUAUUAAAAACAAGAUCAAAAAGAAUGUUGAUAUACGAAAGACUGCCCAGUCUAUGGUUGAUCGCCUGCAGAGACAAAUCAUUGUUGCAGACUGCCAAGUGUAUUUAGCUGUGCUUUCCUUUGUUAAACAAGAACUAUCAGCUUAUAUAAAAGGUGGUUGGAUCCUUCGCAAAGCAUGGAAAAUCUACAACAAAUGCUACAUGGACAUUAAUUCGCUUCAGGAGAUGUUUGAGAAGAAGACAACUCAGGAAUCUGACGCUGCAAAUGAUAAUCAUAUCUCUGCUGAAGGUGUGACGGAGGAAUCUCUUAGCAGACUGAAAGGUGCUGUGAGCUUUGGCUACGGACUUUUUCACCUUUGCAUAUCCAUGGUGCCCCCAAACCUGCUCAAAAUUAUCAACUUGCUGGGUUUUCCAGGAGACCGUCUGCAGGGGCUAUCUUCACUGGUGUAUGCAAGUGAGAGUAAGGACAUGAAGGCCCCUCUAGCUACGUUAGCCUUACUGUGGUACCACACUGUAGUCCGACCUUUUUUUGCACUUGAUGGCAGUGAUAACCAAGCUGGUCUGCAAGAGGCAAAAGAAAUUCUUCUCAAGAAGGAAUCUGCUUACCCAAACUCUUCAUUAUUUAUGUUCUUCAAGGGAAGGAUACAGCGAUUAGAGUGCCAAAUAAAUAGUGCCUUGACCUCCUUUCACACUGCCCUGGAACUUGCAAUAGAUCAAAGGGAGAUACAACAUGUUUGUCUGUAUGAAAUUGGUUGGUGCAGUAUGAUUGAAAUGAACUUUAAAGAUGCCUUUAGGUCUUUUGAGAGGCUAAAAAAUGAAUCAAGAUGGUCACAGUGCUACUAUGCAUAUCUUACAGCUGUAUGUCAGGGUGCUACAGGUGAUGUGGAAGGGGCACACAAUGUGUUUAAAGAUGUCCAGAAGCUUUUCAAAAGGAAGAACAAUCAGAUUGAGCAAUUUUCAGUUAAAAAGGGUGAGAGAUUUAGAAAGCACGUGCCAACAAAAGAGCUCUGCGUGAUCGCCACUAUUGAGGUGCUUUAUCUGUGGAAAGCUCUUCCGAAUUGUUCACUCACCAACCUCCAACACAUGAGCCAAGCCUGCCAUGAAGUUCUGGAUCCAUCUGUUAUAGGUUUAAGAAAUUUGCUGCUCGGUGCUAUCCACAAAUGCUUAGGAAACUCUGAAGAUGCGAUUCAGUUUUUACAACGUGCAAUUAAAGAUGAAUUGGGACGUCAGCAAAAUCUUUAUAUCCAGCCAUAUGCUUGCUAUGAGCUUGGCUGCAUUUGGUUGGAGAAUCCUGAGACUGUUGCAAAAGGCAAAGCUUUGCUUUUCCAGGCUAAGGAGGAAUAUACAGGAUAUGACUUUGAGAACAGAUUGCACGUACGGAUCCACGCAGCUUUAGCAUCACUUAGAGAAGUGGUUCCGCAAUGACAACAGUGAGCUGUGACUUCUCUAUCCCACAUCGGUUCCUGCACUUUAAUAUGAAGCAGAGGAACAAAAUGACUGAGCGUGGGUGAAACGGGUGAAUCUCCUCUGAAAGCCACCUGUGCCAGAGAUAUGGGACAUUCUAUACAGCAGCAGCAUAGUUGGGCUGACACUGAUUUCAGUUCCUUUUUUUAGACCUUGGAAAGAAAAAAAAAAAAAGAAAAGAUAAGAAACCUUAUUUAAGAAUAUUUUGGGCUUGAAAGACUGUGUGAUAGCUGUUAUUAUCCUCAGAUUCUUCACAGACCAGCAGAUUACAUCUCUGCACAUGAAACUAAGCAUCAGUUCUGCUCAGCGGGCCAUAAAUGUGUUAAGCACCACCAUACUAUGUGUCUAGGUGUGACACAAACCACGUUCCUAGUUUUGUACAUUGUAUGUGUGGUAUGUACUUUAGUUUUUUGUACCACUGUACUUUGUGUGUGUGGUAGCUAUCUCACUCUGUUGUUCGUAUGGUAUGUAACUUUCAGAACAUGCAUUUAGCAUUAAUGUUAAUUUACUCAGGAGUAUGUAGAUCCCACUGGCUAUUGCCCCAGAACAAACUAAAGACAAGUACAAUAUGUAAAGAUAUAUACUACUGUAAAAUUAAAAGCGUUAGCUUUAUUUUUAAACAAA